ACGUCAUGUAAACAAAGACGAAGAUUUUAAUUGAUUUUAUAUGUCAAUAGAUUUUAUUUAUCAGAUAACAUUCAAUACACAUAUUGUGAAAAAUGGAAGUAAUGGAAAAUUCUCCAUUGUCGAAAGAAGAUUAUUUGAUACGACGUGCGAACGAGGCUUUGUCAACCGAUAUUCAUUCCGCUAAAUCUUGGUUAAUUACUGCCAAAUCUUUGUUUCCCCACAGUGCCAAAGUGCAGUUUGAAGCGUACAGAAUUGAAAAAUUGUCAAAAAAUGUUGCAGAAGCGGCAAAAUGCUUCAGUGAAAUGUUUCAAAACUUUCCCAAUGAUAAAGAAAUUUGGAAGGAAAUCGAAAGGUUAACGUUUUCUUUAAGGACUGAACAAUGCGACGAAGAUUCACAAUUUUUGUCCCUAAUUUUUCAAUACUUACCCCAAGACCUUCAACAUAGAUUACUGAUCAUGACGGCAGAUCACAGCGAGGAUACUAUGGAGCAUUGUAAAUUAUUAUUGCUCCUAUUGAAAAGAUUUCCUCAAACUGUGGCUACUUAUGGACCACGUUUAGUAGAAACUCUUUUAACAGCAGAGAAACACAGUCAUUCUGGCAAAGCUGUCAAUGAAUUUAGAAAGCUACUAGCCUGCGAAGCUUUGCCCAUACUUGGUUCAGCUCCAGUUGAACUAAAUCCUAAGCUCAGCUUAAGGUUGCUCUGCAAAGCUGUAGAGUUUUACUUUGCUUGCAUACAGCAGCCCCAAGAUUCCCAAGUUGCAAGACCAUGGGAUUUUAUGUUUCAAGUGAUAGAACUUAUGGGUCAAAAGUUGGGGUGGGAACUUAGCAAUUUUUUUAGUACAGCGUGGAACAGAGACACUUACUGCGAUAGACUUCAAAAAUUUGCAAGUGCUCAUACUAACGAGCUAAAUCACUCAUCUGGAAUAACGGAAGAUCCAAUUGUACGGCAGCUUUUGUUAUGCUCAAUAAUAGUCAUGGUCAGAGUUUUAACUGAACACACUGCAUUAAUCAAUAGCGAUCAACUCCCAUACUGUCUUGUCGAAGCAUUUGCAGAUCCAGUCACAUUGGUUACGGAACCAAAAGUCAAAAAAAGGAAGAGAGAAGAGCCAUUAGGAGUAGUAAUAACCUGUGAUGGCGAAUACAAUGGUCACGGCUUAGCUUUGUUUGUGAAAUUAUAUGAUCUUGUACACAGCACUGAUAACAUGCAAAGAGAAUGCAGUAAAAUUAUUCAACAGAUGCGCUUGGAAUCCUGGCUGAAUCCUUUCUUAAAUGAUUUAACUAUGUACAAAGGACUACAUCAUGAUCUUCUGCUGAGGCUUCCUCAAGAAACGAAUCCUGUGUGCAUGCAACUUAGAAUGGCCAGCUCGUGUUUCAGUGUCAAAGACUACAAGACAAUGGUUGACUACGUAACAUGCGUCGUAAGCUCGUUGCCGAAUGUUGAGGGAAAAGUAUCCAAUAAACUGACAGUUCCAGCUGCUAGGCAUUUACACUACCUCACUCUAGCUAGGUAUCCAAUUGUCCAGUAUUGCUGUAAGCUUCUUCUUUCUGCCAUUAAGGACAGUUUUUCAUGGCCUGGAGGUGGUGGAGAUUUAGCAUUAGGUCAUGCAUUGGUGUUGAUGCAAAUUGAUUGGCCACAAGAAGUUCAAUUUCUUCAUGUUAUCCUUGAGAGAAUUUUAAACAGAAGAUCUCUUAGCUAUCCUUUAUUCACGGCAUACGUUAUAAAUGUCGAUAUUUUAGAGGAAUUGGCGUAUAUAUGGUCUGAUGAUCAUGUUGGAGGUGGCGUAUUUUUAGAUAUCGCUACCACUACAGGAGUUUUACAGAAUCGCAGAAUUUCAACUCGAAAUGCUGACAAAGGUCAGCGGGAGGAGAUAAAACAAAUAAUACGAAGACAAGUGGCUCGAGAUGGCGUUGACGCACUUGACGAGUUGUUGCAGAGAUUUAUUCUCAACGAGAAAAAAGCCUUACAGCAUAGUUUGGUUUUAAGAUAG